UUUGGAAACACCCAUGUCAACAUCACCGAGAUUGACGAGAACAUGCCGUGGUUCGAAAACAUGGAGCAGUACGUGAACGUCAAAUCCGGGUGUCUCAUCGACUACCACGAGUCGGGCGAGCAGUACGUCAAACGGUCGCUGGAGGAAGCUUCAGCAGAUUUCACGAAUGGCAACCUAUCGGAGCGCGUUUUCGCACGCGCGACCACGGGAGACCCAGACGCUAUAUUGGACCUCGCGCUCAGAUACUUAAGUGGAUGCGGGAUGCGCAAGAAGAGCUUUGAAGGCGCGCUUCUCUUGCUCGACUCGUUCUUCGAUCCCGAGUGCACGGAGAUGCCCUACGUGGGUGACGCUAUCCCGCGCAGCCUCAAGGCGCAGGCGCACUGCUGCGCCGCGCUCGCGUAUUUCGAGAAGGUGCUCGCAAGCCCCGAAGAGCGCGUCGCGAUUCAAGCGGAUGAGCGACGCUUCCACCGGAAAGAGACAAUGGCGCUUGGCGUCAGCGCGCCGCCAUUUGCGAAUUUCGCCCUCGCGCUCCACCACGCCAACGAGAGCGUCAAGCUCGGCCUCGUCUCGCCCGUCGUGCUCAGAGCUGGGUUCAUGAUGCGCGACAUCGGAGCGUCGCUCGGGGUCGACCUCUCGCGGAUGGACGGCAGCAGGCGUUUCCGCCCACUAUGGCGCGCGCUCGACCGGAGAUCAGAGGAGAUUUACGUGGAAGAAAGGCUGAGGCGGAGGAAGGCCGCGGCGGACCCGGCUGCGUAUGUGUGUGCGGCGGAGGGUUGUGGCAUACGCGGGGAGGAGCGACGGGCGCUGCGGUCAUGCGCCGGAAGGUGCCCUCCUGACUUGAAGCCGCACUAUUGUAGCAAAGAGUGCCAGACGAAGGACUGGAAGCAGAGACACAAAACUAUCUGCAAACCGGGCUCGACCGGGAAGCCGCCCUCCAUCACAGAGGCAGAGAAAUCCCUAGCUCUCACCAUAUAUGAGCUUGGGGACUCUGUGGACAGCGAUGAUACAGAAGACGCGCCGCCCCCCACUGCGGGGCCCUCGGGAACCACUGCAGAUGAACUACCGUUCAGAUUGCGCCCUCCGGGUCCGGGACAGUUUGUCGACAUUCCGACGCCAGGUGCCCCUGGGGGCUCGAUCCGUAUCACCACGAACACGCUCGAUGCGGAAACAUUACGGGAAUUCCGCGAACAUGUUUUGCAGCGUGCUUGAGAGCUGGAUACUAGCUGUCUCGACGCCGUGUUUCGCUGCGAAUCAAGAGAAACCGGGAGACAAACCGCCUACGACGCGAAGGCAGGCGACUGUGUCUCCGUAGCUUGCACUGCUGAUAUCGCAUUCUUGUCGAGCUAUCCUCGUUCCUGUCCCGCGAUCAUGCUACUUCGAAGAUGUCAGCCCUAGAAACACUCGCUUGGGCCGCAACCAGACUUAUCGUUAACUAGACGCUACAAGGACAUAAUAUUCGAGUUGGUAACUAGCAGGAGAGACAACUGGGUUGACGACAAUCACCCCAGGCUUAGACAUUCC